UUUUUUUUUUUUUUAAAUAGGCGUGCCAAAACGCUAGAGUUUAUCGUGUUGAGCUUUCCCAGAAACUCAAAGAGCUAUUUCCAUGGCUAUUGUAUUUUUUUCUAGAUUCCCUUUGCUACGGCGGUUCCCGGUUUCUUCUCCGGCGCUACCUUAUUCUUCCUCAAUUCAACUCAACCGUAGGAUCACCAUCUCCGCUUCUAUUUCUACCGCCGAAGAAUCUACUUCUUCUUCUUCUUCCCUAAUUCAGCAUACACUGUCGCGUACACGGUGGAAGCCAAUGUGUCUGUAUUUCACGCAAGGUAAGUGCACUAAGAUGGAUGAUCCUAUGCAUAUUGACAAGUUUAAUCAUAAUUGCUCAUUGGAGUUUAUGCAAAAUGCUGCGAGACUUGAGAAUUUGCGGCAGCAGGAGUUUGAGUACUUUUUGGUUCUUGAUUUGGAGGGUAAAGUUGAGAUUCUCGAGUUUCCUGUGCUCCUCUUUGAUGCCAAAACCUUGGAUGUAGUCGACUUGUUCCAUAGGUUUGUGAGGCCAACAAAAAUGCACGAAGAAAGAAUAAAUCAAUAUAUAGAAGGGAAAUAUGGAAAGCUAGGAGUCGAUCGCGUCUGGCAUGAUACAGCUGUACCAUUUGCGGAAGUUAUUGAGCAGUUUGAAGUUUGGCUUAGUGAACGUCAAUUGUGGAGAAAUGAACUGGGUGUCUGUCUUAAUAAUGCUGCCUUUGUUACUUGUGGGAACUGGGAUCUGAAGACGAAAGUUCCCCAGCAGUGCUCUGUAGCCGGGAUGAAAUUGCCACCAUAUUUCAAUGAAUGGAUUAAUCUGAAGGAUGUGUUUUUGAACUUCUAUAAGAGGAGGGCACCAGGAAUGCUCUCAAUGAUGAGGGAACUCCAGAUUCCCUUGUCAGGAAGCCAUCACCUUGGAAUAGAUGAUUCAAACAACAUAGCAAGAGUAAUACACCACAUGCUAACAGAUGGUGCCCUUUUGCAGAUAACAGCUAAAAGAAACCCUCGUUCUCCUGAAAAAGUUGAAUUUCUUUUUAAGAAUCGCAUUAUAUAACUAGUUUCUGCUGAAUCAUAUGGUUAUCCCUGAAGCACUUUUAGAUAUCCUUCCCGUUAAUCUGUUUUCAAGUUUCAGUUGGACCCCUGCGCUUGCCAAGACGAAAAAGGAAAACAAAGGAGAAAGAGGGAGAAGGUAAAAGGGAAGAACUUAUUGGUGGAGACUUGCAUCAGUGUUUGUACAUUAAUAUCAUUUCCUUUCAAUUGGUAGACUAUGCACCAUGUUUUUGCUGGGACAUCAUAAUCAUAAUCCUUUCUUGGUUGGUUGGGCUGGUUGUUGGGAUUUGUAAUUGUUUGAGAAUUGUUUCCCCUUUCUUCUUACAACAACUUACCCAGUAUGAUCCACUAACGAUAGUGGAGUCUGGGGAGGAUGGGAUGGGUGUACGCACACCUUACCGGCUUUUCCCUACCUUGUGUGAGGUAGAGAUGUUGUUUCCGUUAGUUCUCGUUUCUUCUUGCAGUCUUUAAAUGUAUAUGCAGAUUAUCAGCAUUUUUGUUCUUUGUGACUAGGAAGAACAGUAAACAGCCUGCCACAAGUCCAGUUGAGCUGGAAACUAGUUAGUGUUCUUCAUGUACUUAUUUUUAUCAUCUGUUUUAACAGACAUAUUGUGAAAUAUUUAGCAAAAAGUAGACCCAGAUUCAGAAUUUUAAGUUAAUUGUUUAUUGGAUUUUGUGUAGAACAAAUACAUUAUUCUAAGUAAAGUUAUUGAUUUCUGUCGAA